AUGUCUGUGUCUAAUGCUGAAGGUCGAAGCGAGUUCGAUGUCGAUCUCGACGACCUAAUCACCCGGUUCGACUUAAUGACAAAGGCGAUCACUUAUUUAAAGAAACGCGGUCGAGCCCAGUGCACUGAGGAGAUCCUCAAAACAAGGCUCGCCACCGUAACCGAACAGUACAAGGAGGCUAUACAGCAGUACUUGGCUCUUCGGAGAAAAUAUGCCCCUGCGAAGCGCAACACGUGCGACUUCCUUGCAAAAGGUGGCGUAGAAGCUAAGGAGGAAGAGUUUAUGGAGUUUCAGGAGUACGUUGCCACCGAGCUGACCAGACUGGCCGCUGAAUCAAAAGCGGCAACAACGUCGGUCAGCUCACAUGAUGUCGCAAUCGAACUCCCAAAACAACGCCUUCCCAAGUUCGGAGGUGAUCCACGAAAAUGGAGACAUUUCGAGGAUCUUUUCACCUCCGGAAUAAUAAAUAAUCCGAGGCUGUCAGAUGUGCACAGAUUGCAGUAUCUGAACGCCUGUCUGGAGGACAAAGCGUUGGCGGCGAUCGCGCACCUCGAAGUUAUCGAUGAUAAUUUCACGGUGGCGUGGAAAACCCUGAAAGAACAAUUCGGGAUACCACGUAUCGUGACUGCCAAAUUGCUAAGUCAAUUAACAAAAUUGAAAACGAUCAAAAGAGAUGAUCUGGAUAGCCUAAACCAGGUCGUCGUCGUUUUCAAACAGGCCCUCGCGGCGCUCGAAAAGCAGGGCACAAUUUUAGAGCAGCGAAAUUGGCUGCUGGCCCACAGCAUUCGAAGCCACUUGGAAGGGUCUCUUAAAGCUGAGUGGGAAAGGUCGCAGCGUCUCUCCCCGAACUAUCCCUCGCACACCGAGUUGAUAGAAUUCCUGGAGGGGCAUGCACGGGCUCUGACCAUGUUAGACGAUGGUCCGAGCAAGCCUGCGACCGAACACCCACAAAAGCACAAAAUACGGAGUCACAACUCCGUUCUAGAAAGCCCCGCUGGAAAAAGCGUGACUUGCGGAUUUUGCGGCCUCGAACACAGAAUGACCCAAUGUGGUGCAUUCCGUAAUUUGACGCCGAACCGCCGCUAUCAAUUUAUAAAAGAUAGCCAGCGGUGCAUUCUCUGCUUGUCACCUCAGCAUGGGAACGCGCGUUGUCCUUCCGAAGAGGCAUGCACGAAAUGCAAUGGCAGACAUCAUUCUCUGCUGCAUUUCGAGUCCUUUCGGAGCGAAACCGAAAGUCGCAAACCCGCGACAAUGGCUUCGCAAGACAAACGCCAGAAAAAGCGGUCUACGGCCCCACCAAGCCGGCCGCAGCAAGCCGAACGAGCUGCUCGUACCACGACGUCACAGGCAACGACGUCACAGCCUAGUACGUCACACUGUACCGCGAUAGGUGCAGACGUACCGACGGCUGUGUUGUUAGCCACGGCGAACGUACGUGUGUACGGAAUAAACGGUGCGUCGCGAAUCGUACGCGCACUGAUAGAUCAGGGUUCUGAGUCGUCCUUCAUCUCCGCGAAUUUGACGAAUGACCUCAAAUUCUUGCGGAGGAAACCCCCAGCCACAGUGACUGGCUUGGGGGGCGGCAAAACCCAGACAAUUAAAUUCAGCGUCGAGAUGAAUUUGGGAACGGUAGAAGGUACCGAGCCGACGGUCAAGACGAAAGCGUAUAUCGUGCAAAAAAUCACGAGCUACGUCUCGCCGUUGGCAAGUGCGCUCAAAUGCGACGCGCUAAAGGACCUACCGCUCGCAGAUCCCGACCCUGCUUCCGGUCAACCGAUUGAAGUGUUGAUCGGCGCGGACUUGUACGCGCAAAUUAUUCGACCGGGUUUCCGUCGAAUAUGCAGUACGGGUCCAGUGGCCCAAGAAACUGCAUUUGGCUGGAUUCUGUCCGGCCCGACAAAUGCAAAGGGCAGAAAUAACAAAACUUUGCGGACAUUGCACUGCAACGUCCUCGAAUCGCUGGACACGGCGAUUCGAAAGUUUUGGGAAGUCGAAGAACUCCCUUCGACCUCGGUACGCACCAAGGCGGAGGAGGAGUGUGAAACGCACUUCCAAAAAACCGUCGCUCGUGAUGCGACUGGACGAUUUGUCGUCCGAUUACCUUUUACUCACCCGAGACCGGACGAAGCGCUAGGAAAUUCCUAUCGCAUCGCUCUCUCCGCUCUCGGGAGAUUGAGGAAAAAAUUGGACGCAGAUCAGACCCUCGUACGAGAAUACACAUCGUUUCUCACGGAAUAUGAGGAGCUGGGUCAUAUGACUCGAAUAGAGCCCAUUGACGAGACCAGACUCUACAUUCCACAUCGAGCGGUCGUACGCACAGAAAGUGCAACGACAAAAUUAAGAGUCGUAUUUAACGCGACAAGCCGAACUGCAGGCGGUCGCUCGUUAAAUGACAUCCUACACGUAGGUCCAAAAUUGCAGAACGACAUCACGUCAGUCUUGACCCGAUGGCGUCUGUAUGAAUACGUGUUGGUGGCCGACAUAGAGAAAAUGUUCCGACAGAUUCUCGUCGCCCCACAGGAUCGUCGUUAUCAGUGCAUCCUAUGGCGCACGCCCGAAACCGAACAGCUGAAUGCGUUCGAAUUAAAUACCGUAACGUACGGUACGGCGUGUGCACCAUACUUGUCGAUGCGAACCCUUCUCGAGCUGAAAAAUCAGGACGGGCACAGGUACCCCCUUGCCGCCCCGAUACUCGAGCGGGACAUAUACGUAGACGACGUUUUUAUGGGAGCACCCGAUACGUCGUUGUUAGAGAAAAUUCGCAAUCAAGUUUGCGAACUCUUACAACGAGGUGGGUUUAAGCUGCGUAAAUGGGCAGGUAAUUCGCCGUUAUUACUGCGAAAUAUUCCCCAAAGCGCUCACUCCCACGCCGUCGACCUUACCUUAUUCGAUGACAGCGAAUUAAAGGUUUUGGGUUUACGCUGGAUACCGUCCGGCGAUUAUUUUUACUUCAAUCUGCAGCGGUUUCAGCCGUCUGCCGUGCCGAUGACAAAACGAAAUUUGUUUUCGGAGAUUGCUAAGUUGUUCGAUCCGCUCGGCUGGUUAUCACCAGUCGUGAUUCGCGCAAAGAUUUUGAUGCAAUCCCAAUGGCUGGAGAAAAUCCAGUGGGACGAUCAAAUCUCAGCGAAUACGCUCAAUACGUGGAAUACGUUUUGCGUGGAUUGGAGCAGCUUAAACAAGUUAAAAAUCCCCAGAUGGAUUAAUUACGGAGCCGACACAAUGUCCGUGGAAAUUCAUGGAUUUUGUGACGCUUCGCUCGCGGCCUACUCAGCGGUCACAUAUUUACGUGUGACAGCAAUGAGCAAUGUCACCUCCUCGACAUUGAUAAUGGCAAAAACGCGGGUGGCUCCGAUUAAAACGCAGUCAAUUCCUGUAUUAGAAUUGAACGGCGCCGUGCUCCUCGCCGAGCUCAUUGUGCACGUGGAAAGGUCACUUUCACUGAAGGUCGACCAAAUAAUCUGCUGGACAGAUUCCACGAUCGCACUAGCAUGGUUGAGAAAGCACGCCUCCACAUGGAAGGUUUUAAUAGCCAACCGUGUGUCAAAGGUCCAAACGUUACUCCCGAAUGCUGAAUGGAGGCACGUUCCCACCCGCUUCAAUCCCGCGGAUCUGAAUUCGCGUGGAGUGGAAGCUGCGGAACUCCUUCAAUCUAAGCUGUGGAUUUCUGGACCAAGUUGGCUAACAGAAUCGAAAGAUUGUUGGCCGAAAACACCUUCGUCCAUCGAGACCGAAGAAGGGAAGCGCAAAGUGCACGCCCACGUAGCAAUUCCGGAGAAAGAAUGGGAACUUGUAUUUCGAUUCUCGACCUGGAACAAGCUACUUCGCGUAACCGCAUACUGUCUCAGAUUAAGGAGACCGAUGCAAGGGGAGCGAAGGUCGUACGAUGCGAAGUUCGUUGAGGCGUCUGAGAUGCAGCUCGCAAGCGAAAGAAUUGUCCGCUACAUCCAGCGCACGCAUUUUGCAAAGGAGUACCGGUGUUUAAAAAAUCACCGGAAAAUUCCAGCAAAAUCAAUGCUGAAAAGUUUGAACCCCUUUCUCGACGAUAAAGAUGUCUUGAGAGUCGGGGGCAGACUGGAAAAUACAGCACUGCCAUGGGAAACCAAGCAUCCCAUAAUUUUGCCGAAACAUCACGUUUCCACGAUGAUAAUUCGGCAGUGCCACGUUGAUACGUUGCACGGGGGAUUGCAGUUAACCAUGUAUACGGUGCGACAAAAAUUUUGGAUUCUCGGCUGUCGAAAUGCAGCGCGAACGGUAAUCCACGGAUGCAUGCGAUGCGUUAGAUGGAGGGCAAAAACUCCCACGCAAAUCAUGCAGGAUUUAAUACCGGAGCGUUGCCGCGAGGCGAGAGCAUUUUCGAACUGCGGAGUGGAUUAUGCUGGACCUUUUCGUGUCCGCGACUCCGCCGGUCGAGGGAAAACCGCCCACAAAGCGUAUAUAGCAGUUUUUGUCUGUUACGCGACACGGGCUAUCCAUAUCGAACUCGUCCACGAUUAUACGACGAGUGCCUUUUUGGCGGCGUUAGAUCGAUUCAUUGCACGAAGGGGAGUUCCGUCCUGCAUUUUCAGUGACAAUGGAACGAACUUUGUCGGUGCAGAUCGAGAAUUACGUGAAAAUUUCGAGGCUGUGUACAACACGCCAGAAAUGCGUAAUAAAUGCAGUCAGAAAGGAAUUAAAUGGAAAUUUAACCCACCGAGUGCACCGCACUUCGGUGGCAUGCAAGAAGCCGGCGUGAAAUCGAUGAAAUUUCACCUGAAGCGGACGCUGGGCGAAUUCACUCCCACAAGCGAAGAAUUACAGACGUUGCUCUGUAAAAUCGAAGCAAGUUUAAACUCGCGACCGAUUGCCGCUUUGAGUGAUAGCCCGGACGAUUAUGCGCCGCUCACACCGGGACACUUCUUAGUAGGAAGUCCGCUAAACGCGCUUCCGACGCAAUCCGUGGAAAUUGAAAAACUCUCUCGUUUGACACGUUGGAGGGCGAUUCAAAAAUUCCAUGAACAAAUCUGGAGGCAUUGGACACGUGAUUAUCUCACGCACCUCCAGAAUCGUUACAAGUGGCGUACAGCCCAAAAAACAUUAAAACUAAACGACUUAGUUUUGGUGCAAAACCCUCUCCUGCCCCCGAAUCAAUGGGAAAUGGGGCGAGUAGAGGAGGUAUUCACCGGCAGGGAUGGAAAUGCACGUGUGGUUAAAAUACGCACGGCAAAAUCCAUUUUUACGCGACCUAUAACGCGGUUGUGUAAGCUGCCUGUGGAAGAUACCGAGUCGGCGACGGUUAGCGACGCCGACUAG